ACACGCGUGGUAGGGGGUCGCAGGCGGCCUACGUCGUCCUCGACGAUCUCGAGGAGCAUCGCGAGAAGGUGGGAGCCACGGCGAAGCGAGCCCCUGAGUGCCUCUCCGUCGCCCAGUCGUGACUUAGCCCGCAGGUCGGACGCAUCCCGGACAGACCGAUACGAACGUUUUCUUUCAUUGGACGAGUGAGGAGAUAAAAACACCACCAUGGACGCGAUCAAGAAGAAGAUGCAGGGAAUGAAGCUGGAGAAGGACAACGCGAUGGACCGCGCGUUGCUCUGCGAACAGCAAGCUCGUGACGCGAAUGCGCGAGCUGAAAAGGCUGAGGAAGAAGCUCGCGCUCUCCAAAAGAAGAUCCAGACCAUCGAGAACGAGCUUGACCAAACUCAGGAAGCUCUUAUGCAGGUCAACGCAAAAUUGGAGGAGAAAGACAAGGCUCUGCAAAACACAAGAUGGCGGAGUGCCUGGUGCAGUGGUAGUAGAGCGCGGGUGCAUAUCGCACGGGUCGCCGCGUCACGCGCGCGUUCGCCAACGCAGGGGGGAGGGGAGGUCCUGGACAACGCGACAACAGCUGGACGUGACAUGGAGCGGACGUUCUCGGCGGCGGCGAGACGCCGCGGUCACCAGCACCAUCCGCGGCACACCACGCGACGACGUCUCGACGCCUCCAGCAGAGGACCCGCGCAGUGUGGCCCUGCUGACACCGUCAGGAACAAUAACACCACGUUCACCGGCGACGAGACGUCAUUGCCCGCCAGCGUGGCCGUCGACGAACGACUUGACCCGACGGAGCCGCGUCCGUCCGUGCCGCAGGUGACACUCGGCGCGAGAUGGCCAACGAGGAUCAGCCAGAUGAUCGAGACGAAGGCCUCCUCGAGAACUCAGGUUCUCGAGGAGAAGAAAGAGAUGACGGAGGCGGAGGGGGACCAUAGGGACGACGACGUCCGACAAAGGCUCGCGCAGUGUAGCCCGGACGUUCCCGCUCUCGGCGAUGGUAAGGACAUCGCCGCCGAGCGCGGCGGGACGCAGGAUCGGGCGGGCAGGAAGAGGAGAUCCCCCCGAUCCAGUCCACGUGGGAAGAGCACUCCGGCGGAUCGCGACGAGAGCGAUCCGCGGAGCGGGAGCAACUCGCCCGAGCCCGAGCACGCGGUCGCGAGGGCCCGCGGCGACGGCAACUCCGACGACGAGUCCGCCAACGUCGAGGAGGACCCGGAGCUGGCGGAGCUCGCCAAGCUACGUUGCCCCAGCGAGCGCACGGAGGUCCAGGCCGAGCGGGAGGCCCGCAGACGGAAGAGAUGCGCCGACUAUCCCGGUCUCGCCUUCGGCUGCUCCAUAUUCUCCAGCGACACGAUGAUGAAGUUCAGUCUGAUAAAGAACGAACUCCAGAAUAUCAUGGGCAAUCAGCUGAAGCGGGUUAGUAUCGCGCGCGCCGCCGAAAUAGCGGCCGCGAUAAGUAAAACUCGCGACGGGUCUCUGUCCAGUCUCAAGGUCGUCGAGACCUUGAUAACGCCGCCGGCGCCGGGCCGCGCCGCGCCGGUCAAGAGGUCCUCGGGGUCGUCUGCUAUUUCGUCGGGCUCGACGAAAUUAUUAAACUCACAACUCUUUGAAUACUUGCGUUUUCUUCCCUCGAUACUUUUGGUAUUGAGAAAAACGAUGACGAUAUCCUUGAGUAUUUGAUAAAAUUGCAUUACUCAUGAACGAGUCAAAGAACCGACGUUAAUGAAGCGUGAAUGAAAGCGGUAUACAGGGUGUACCGGAAAGAUGGGACGUUUUGGUCAUCCUUCUCUCCUAGGUCCUGAAUCUAGAUCAAGGUUUAUGUUUACCACCAGAUGUCCAUUUACAAACCCUAAAACUUUUGUAUUUAACAUUUUUUUCAAAAAUGUCAUCCGUUCAAGUUAAUUCGGGGUACUCAUCUUUCUGGUACACCCUGUAUAAUGCUCGGUAAUAUUUUAAGAUCAUUGCCUUCAAAGUGAAGUCGAUAAUCGAUGUAGUAUAUGUUGAAUGUUAUCGGGCUAUCCAUUUCUAUAUAGCGAUAACAUCUCGAAACAUUACUAGCGCAUUACGUUGCUGCAAAAUUAAUGACUUGCAUGAUAUAGGAAGAAAUAAUUAUUAUCUGAUUCUAAUAACUCA